AUGGCGCGCGGCCAAUUGGGCGUCCAGGGAAAUUUUUCCCAAGAGGAGGCAGAGAAAUUAAGGGCAGGUUUGGUUAGCCGGGGGAGCGGAUUAGAUAGACGGUUGAGGCGGAGACGGCGUGAUCUGAUGAUCGAUUGGUGUCAACAUUAG